CUCUACCACUUUACCUGUUACGAAUCAUAUCCACCUAUUCUAAAGACGAGGAAAGUAAACACAAAAUACGGACACCCGUUUCACAUCAAUUUGAAUAAAGUCUUGUUCAGUUUGGAUUAGAUUAAAUGUAAUUCCUUCGCCAGCGGUGCCAUGAUGUCCGGUACGGCGUAAGAACGCUCGAGAACAUCGAAAAAAGGUAAGUGGUCGUACAGUUUUAAUCAUAUCUAGUUAUUUUAAGUGGAUUGAACCUUAUUUCCUCAGUUUGAAAAUAAUUAUGUUAAAUAUAAUUACGUUCUUAAAUCCACGUUAAAUGAAUUCUCAAGAGACUGAAAUUUGUUAUUGACUCCCUUACCACUUCUUAUUAAGUUUCGAUUUAAUGAUGUCUGGCACCAUUGAGGCAAGUAAAAUUGUAUGAAAUCGACCAUUAGCCGUUUCUUUGCAUGAAUCAGAAAGAAACAACCUUUUUUUUCAUAAUUUUAAUUUACUUUCAUUUACUAAGUAAGUGCACUUGACUUUGUCUGGUUCAGUAGAAAACAUUAAUCAUCACGUCCGUUCACUCUGCCUGGUUCAGUAGAAAUCAUUAAUCAUCACGUCCGUUUACUCUGCCUGGUUCAGUAGAAAUCAUGGUUCUUCAAGUCCAUUCACUAUGCCUAGUUCAGUAGAAAUCAUGGUUCAUUAAGUCCAUUCACUCUGCCUGGUUCAGUAGAAAUCAUGGUUCAUCAAGUCCAUUCACUCUGCCUGGUUCAGUAGAAAUCAUGGUUCAUCAAGUCCAUUCACUCUGCCUGGUUCAGUAGAAAUCAUUGUUCUUCAAGUCCAUUCACUCUGCCUGGUUCAGUAGAAAUCAUGGUUCAUCAAGUCCAUUCACUCUGCCUGGUUCUGAAUCAGUAGAAAUCAUGGUUCAUCAAGUCCAUUCACUUUGCCUGUUUCAGUAGAAAUCAUGGUUCAUCAAGUCCAUUCACUUUGCCUGGUUUAGUAAAAAUCAUAGUUCAUCAAGUCCAUUCACUCUGCCUGGUUCAGUAGAAAUCAUGGUUCAUCAAGUCCAUUCACUUUGCCUGGUUCAGUAGAAAUCAUGGUUCAUCAAGUCCAUUCACUUUGCCUGGUUUAGUAGAAAUCCUAGUUCAUCAAGUCCAUUCACUCUGCCUGGUUCAGUAGAAAUCAUGGUUCAUCAAGUCCAUUCACUCUGCCUGGUUCAGUAGAAAUCAUGGUUCAUCAAGUCCAUUCACUCUGCCUGGUCCAGUAGAAAUCAUGGUUCAUCAAGUCCAUUCACUCUGUAAUAUCAAGUCGAUACAAUUGACAUACCCUUGAAAAAUAGGGUUUUUAUGAAAACAACAUCAAGACAGGCUUUUGACUUCUAUAAUAUUGAUGGGUGAAUAUACACGUGUGCAAAAUAAAUACUUAUUGCAUUGAUUCCUAGUGAAAACUCUAAUCAUUUCAAAGUGUUUAUUGUAUAUUCGUCAUACAAUGUGUGCUACUGUUUUACGUAAUGUGUUCAAUGCUUAUAGAUGAAAUACCUUAAAAUAUCAGUGAAAUAAACAUCAUUGGCGGCGGCAAUCUGUGUCCAAUUUUUUUCAAAGACGAAAUCUGUUAUUUUCUUCAAAAAUAAGAUGGCUUCCACCUACAAGAAGACCUUCCCAUAACUUACAAUGACAUAUACUUGUCGGUUUAAGGGAGGUCUUUCUGCUACUGUUUCACUGCAGAACACAAACAUUAAUUUAUUUUCACAUAAAAGUUCAUUAUACAGUAUCUUAACAUAAUACAUAACUGACAGAGGAUUUUAUUUCAUAGCAACCUAAGCCAAUUUAGCUAUCUCUCUUCUAUCUCUAAUCUCUCUGUCUCGUCUGUUUUACAUAUAGAUAUAUACGGUUAUAUGUACAUGUAGAAGAAAUGCUCGGCGGCCCAUGCAAUAUUACUUUACAUGUAUUAUAUCGCUAAACUUCCUGUUAAAUACGAGUAAAGUCUGGGUAUAUCGUUUUCUUUCCGUAGAUAAAAUUGAAAUGAUAAAACCCUUCUGCACUGAAUUAUUGACAUGUUUGUCAGGUAUACUCGUUUCUUGAGAGAAAUUGAAUUGAAAUUGAUCAACCUACUUAAUAUUGAAAGAACUUCAAUAAUUCAUAGUCCCAAAAUUUUAUCUUCUUUUGAAAAAAUAAACUAAAAAUACCCUGUUACACGAUAUCGCUAUUUAAAACUUUCGCUUUUCCGGUGGCGUACAUUUGUCAGUCCAAAUUCAGACAAAAGAGAUUUACAAAGUUCCAUGGUCGGCAUUAAAUAUCCCGCAAUGACUGUACGCACGCAUUGAAUGUACGCUAUCAAACCUAUGUUAAACAUUACGCUAACCCUUAGUCAGUAUUAUUGUACACUCAAUACGUGCAUACAUCCACCAGGGGAGAUUUGAUGUUCACGCUAUAAAGCACUAUUGGCUCUCGCCAGGUUUGGUCUAGAAGCUUGACAUAAGAUGACAUUUCUUUGCUGAACAGAUUUAAAGGUCAAGUGACUGUCAUCCAAACCCUGGUCCAGACUUCAAAUUCCAUUGCGAAAAUAGAAAACUUGGGAAACUACAGGUCGCCCGACACGACAUAAACGCAAAUGUUGCAGGCUCAGUGUGAUUGAGCCAGUUCAUGGGCGGUAUUGGAAAUGCAAUCUUCCGUUCGCGCCCUCUAGACCCGGGUUGAACAAAAUUCAACAUUUACACAUGUUAUAAGUACCAGAAUAUAAUUUAGAGACAUCAGAUGUAUUUAUACGGCGGUGCACAUGGAACCUUCAAUGAUGCACGAGUACAAUUCCAUGAAAGGCGGCGUAUGGUCCCAAGAUAUGAUAAUGGCUGUGCCCUAAACGACAAAACAAUGUGAAGAACAAAAUAAACUAGAAUUUAGAGAGGGGAUCUGUGGUUAUGGAACACAUGCAAAGCCAUGAAAAAGUAAGCAGAACGCUAUAGCUUGCGACAGUUGUGAUGUCCGGUAUCACAUAACCAACAUGAACAUCCCACUGACGGUAUACAAAGGAAUCACAACAAAGACCAGUUGACUUUGCUUCAGAUGCGAAACUCCCAACUUCUAAACAUUAUCUCCAGACUCCAUUUCUAUAUCUAUAUCUACCGAGAAGAUUUACAGUGUCUUGUCAGAAGACUGACCAAUCCACGACCACACUAGGUUCAAGAGCCUUUUCUGAGUCAAUUCAUUAAGCUAACCCCAGCACAUCUCAGAGUAUGAGAUCCAAGGGGCAUCAUUCUGGCUGAUAUUGAAGAAAAAAGACCCAGACAGAGUGAUUGGCUGUGAGAAAUGGCUAUGUCCUCGCAUUCAUGAGAGGGAUGCCCUUUAAAGUGGAUACUACUUGCUAAGAAAGUCAGAGAACAAAACAGAUUUAAUAGCUGCAAAAGAUACAAUAUGAGGACUUCUUAUGAAUUCACAGCUUCAUCUUUUCAAUGUCCACGUAGCACACCUCUAAUAAUUGGCUCUACAUAUAGCCUAUCCAGCUGUGAUCUUACUUACUGUGAUAGCAUCAGGGGCCACUAUCUGGCUAACCGGAGGUCUAAACCUUCCAUAAGUUGACCUUAAACUUUGUGACUGGAUCAAACUAGUUAAGAAACGAUUUUUGGUUACUGUGUGUGGCAUCUCAUCUGAGAACAAAAUAGACUUCCAGAAAAAGACACGCUAACACAUUGGACUUAUACAUUAUGAAAGUGCCUCUAAAGUUGAAAGGUGUAAAGCCUUUCCUGGAAAAAGCGACCAUGAUGUUGUAUUUGAACAGGCACGCAAAAGAGCAGUUAGACCACCACAUAGGAAGUUUCUGCUGAGAAGAGAUGCGAAACCAGACUCUACACUGUCGUACUGACUUCGCGGAUCAUAUCAUACAGUCACACCAAAGAUACUUAAGGGCCAGCAUUUGCGGAAGGCAUGUACUAUGGUUGAAUCAAAGAUGUUCAUAGCGAGACACAGCUAUACUUGUGUCAUCAGAAAAAUCAAUCGCCUCUCCAGACGAGCAUACAACACAGCCCGGCUGACUCGAUCAUGGAAAGAGAUUCAACUAUAUCAGAUUAUCAACAACGAAGAGCAAGAAUAUUGUGGUAAGGCCAACCAUGCAUAUGUGAGAGACUUGGUCUACGAUAGUAUUGAGAAUCUCCACUCAGUGAGGGUAAAGUAAGUAACAUCUCCCAUUAAAGACUGAUUGUGUUGACUACAACAAUUCUAGCACGAAGGCAACCAUCCUCAACAUACAUUUAACUUGAGUGUUUAACCCCGAGAAAACGUCUGAUGUACCACUCAUAGGUGAGUAUAUUCAUCACUUUACAGUAGGAGGUAAAUUAUCUUUUCCCCACACAAGAGCUCAAGCCCAGACAACGUGCCGAAGCGACUUCUCAGUCUACGCAGACUAUAUUGCUCUUACCACUGUAUAUAAGGAAUCUCUGCAACAAAGAGUCCGAUCUGAUUGAAAGGAAGCCAACGUUUUACCAAUCUUUAUGUAAAGAGACCGCGGCAAGCAACACCUUGUCUUCUAUCCUAAAUCAAUCCUCCUUAAUUUCAGCAAGUCCUUUGAAUGGUUUACUCAUCAACGUCUCCUAGCCAAGAUAGAACGCUAUUGCAUUAAUUUAACUCAUUCUGCCCGCGCGACGCAUUAAUGCGUCGACCAGUUGUUAUCUGAAUACCGCGUGCCGCUUCUAGGCGGUGUUGUUAUCUACAUCUGGAAACCGCACGCCGCGUACAUGCGUCUUUACAGUAAUAGCUCUGAAUUCCGCAUGACGCAUUCAGUCGUCACAUUUAACUGGUCUUAAAUAAAAUCUUUUAGUUCUUUCUAACAAGUUGGACCAAUCAAUUUUUGUUGCGUAACAUUUUUAAACAUAAAUAAAACCGGAUGUUGUGAAAAAAUAAAUGCUUUCGUUGAAAAAAGCUGUAAAAGCGAGCGUCGUUCGAGUUAUAAUUUGUGAUUUCUAGAAGUCUGAAAAUUACGGAUGAUUCUUUAUAUGAUCGAAACAUAAAAGAGAAAUGAAUAAAUAAAUAAAUAGAUACCAACAAAUAUUCAUUGAGAAAUGACAAUUGAAAUAAUGCUACCCAAAAUUAUAUACUUUUUCGCUCGUCGCGCGCUAUGCGGCAAAUAAUGCCAUCUGCGGGAUCAAACAAUUUUACGGCUAAUUGAGUUUAUUCUGAUUAUUAUCAUUCUUACGUUUUAUUAAAAUAAAAUUAUCAUUAAACAUUGUGCCAGAAUUUCAUUUAAAUCUGUCAAAAUUUAACAGAGAUAAAUAUAAAAACAUAGCUAUGGAGCUAUAAAGGGCGUUGAGUAUAUUCUUUACGGUUCUAAACAUUUGAGCGCGGAAAAAUUGAAUUAUAAAUGAUCGGGUACUGUUAUAAAAAUACACUUCAGUAAAGACAGACGUACAUAAUUACCGCACAAAAAUAACGUGUAAGUAUCAUACCGAAAUGCAAAACAAAAAUUUCAUAGAAUUAUUUUACACUUGCAUACCGUGUGAACAUUGUCACAUCUUUGCGUCUUGACCGUGAACGCACACAACACUGCCUGAACAAAACUGGUAGAAUUGUGGAUUAUAUCAUUGAAAAGAAAAGAUCUAAAAUAUUUUCUUUUACAUGUAAGAUUAAACUAUCUUCAACUCAUGCACACCAGAUCUUUAAUUCUUACCUAUGCGAUAUAACAAUGCUCAUGUGUGUAUAAAAAAGUAAAAACAUCUUCUUUGGUAUCUAUCUAUUUAUUUAUUUAUUUAUUUAUUUAUUAUUUAUUCAUCUAUUUAUUUUGUUGUUAAACUUCGAGACUGCCUCUUGAUCUAUAGAAUAAAGUGUUAAUGAUAACUCAAUUAUUUCGACAGCUUGUUUGUGAUACUUUAGAAACUCCACAACACUUUUUCAAAAUUCAAAUUUUCAUAAGGUACAUGUUUUCUGAAAAUUAGGCCAAAAUAAUCUGAUUUUCAGCACAAUAGUUUCUGUCUAAAAUAGCUAAAAUAUUCAUUUUAUUACAUCUUCAUACUAAACACAUACGCUAUUUUUUAUGAGAAAUAACUUUAUUUUGAUGCGUUUUGUUUGCCUGGAUGCGUAUAAAUGAGUAAAACCGGUGUUAGAAAAUGACAAUAAUAUGUAUUUAUAAAAUUAUUUUAAGAAUUGUUCAUAUUUGUUGUUUAAAUAUGUGCAUGAUAAAAGUUAACAUUUUAUAAAUGUUGUUUAGCCAAAACAAUAUCUGAUGAGAGAAUACGGUCAUUUGUUUUGUGUCUUUAAUUCAAUAGUCUGUUGAAAUGACUGUACUACAAAGCUGCAUGAAAUUAUCUUUGUUGCGUAUCUACUUCAAUUUACUUACAAAGAGUGCAAAUUCCAUACCUAUUAGCACAUAUUUGAUGUCAUAUGUCACUAAUUAACAACAAUAUCCGAAGCAAAAAAAAAAAACUACGAAAUCUAUGCUAUCUCUCAAAACAUCUCUCGGUAUUCAGGGUAAAUCAGCCUCUUAGGUGGCUGAAAGAUAAAUAUCAGCAGAGUAGAAGUGGAGAUAAUGCUUUAGGGCAGAAUGAGUUAAGGCAAGAUCCUAUGUUGAAUGCAGAGCUUACUCUCUAAUCGCAGCAAACAGAUCGUCGUAGAACGUCACUCUUCCGAAUAAAUCAUCCCCAUCGGUCACUACUGGACCCACUCCUGUUUCUUUGUAUAUUAACGACCUCUCGAAGAGGAUCUUCUCCACAAAUCGCCUCUUUAUUGUCGAUUUAUCGAUAGAACCGCACUCACGCGGACUCUUUGGCUCUCCAAGAGGAUCUUGACCGACUACAAGACUGGAACAGGAAAUGGAUAAAGUCAUGCAACCCAAGAAAAUGUUGUAUGACAAGUAGAACAUACGAAAUGAUACAGAGGGGGAAAAGAAGAACUUCAGUUAGAAUGAAAAAAAUCACAUUGACCUGGCUGUAUCUUUUCCGUCACUGAAUGGUAUUUAGUCUGUUCGUCAUGAAAAUUUUCAAAGAAGAUAAUCUAACUAACCUAUUGUUUUUUGUCCUUGACUUCAAUAUAAUGUUUCUUUUGUAGUUGUUUCUCAAAAACAAAAUUGGCAUAAGUGAAAAUAUUUAUUGUCUUUCUUUGCAGUGACAGAUAAAUGUUGUUUCCGUGAAAAUCAAGGAAUAUUGUCCUUUUACUUUUGCAUAUUUUAAUGCCAUAUUGGAAAUAAAUUGUAUGUAUAUUAUGUACUCUUCAUGUGUCACUUUUUCAUUUUAUGUUAAUACUAUAUUUGCAAAUUAUUUUCCUUUUAGUUUUCCAACAACGAAUAACGCUGUCGUUUGCAGCUUGUUUGGGUGUUCAAGAAUGUUAAGCUCAACAUCUCCGACUUCGAUAUCUGAGAUGAAUCAGACAAUGAACGCUACGCUCCAGUCAGGUAUAAACUAUACGUCACCACCCAACACUAAAGAACAGGAGGAACAUAUCGCUAAAAUCGUCAUAAUAACAGUGGCGUUAUGUUGCAGUAUUUUGCUUCUUGCAAUAUUAGUUCUCUGCUGUAAACGCAUAUUCCUAAUUAGACGGCGAGGACGAUAUAAACAAAGUUAUUGGUAUUCACCCGAAACACGAUCCAAGUCGAAAGUCAGUUUUUUAUUUGAAUCAGGCUCUAUCAUAGAACUGGAUGACAAAAUAGAUGCAAGAAGUGAUGAUUUAGACAUUAAUAGUUUAACCUCUCGUCUCUUGGUGCCAGAUGCCUCCAGUUAUACAGAUGAAAUAUUGCCGAAUGCACAUUUAUCGACAUUUUUUCGAGGUAUUCCGACUAUGAAAAUCGACAAGAGCAGGCUUUCAAUCAAGGAGACGCAUAGAUCGUUACUAGAGCUUGAUAUCAUAGGCGAUAGUCCUGUUCACCGGGAAAACGAUAUUCCACACGCAGAACCAAGAGUAAUGAAAGUUAAACCUCUGCUUGCUCCAGACAAAAAGAACAAGGAAGAAGCUCCUGUGCAAACGUUAUCAGUUUUUGAAACUUUACAACAACACUUGGAUUGGAACAAAGUAUUCAAUUUCCUCGUCUAUACUAUAAAUCCAGCUACAUGGAAACUGUUCUUCGUUGAUCUGUUUGGUUAUGGACAGCAUUUACUCAGAAAAGGUAUGAGGAUUAAUUCGAUCAUUGAUCGGGUCGAGCUGAGUAACAAAGGAGCUACGGUUGCUUUGUUUUUUGCUUUGUUUGAAGAAUGGCUUAAACUUAUGGGUCCUGAGGCAAGUCCGAAGCAAAUUGAAAACGCCCUUGAAGAAAGAGGAGACAACGAUGCAUUGGAGAGGUUCAAAGACUUUAUGAGAAGUCCGCCAUUGAUGCCAAAGGAAUCGGAGCAGUCAAGAGUAGAGCAUCAUUUUCAAGAAAAUCUUCACUUAGCAUAUCCUAAUUUAGAUAUGCUAAAAUUCAACCCCAAACUAUCUGGUCAAUCCCCACUGAUGCAAGUAAUGGCGUUACAUAAUGUUAUCCACACACAGAGUUGCAAUGACGUCUGUGGGAGUCUCUCGCAAAGUCAAAAUGCAACCAGAACCGUUAUCAAAGGCCUACCAGCCAGUCAAAGUAACCAAGAAUUUAUAGAAAAUGUGUCGAUGGCUCUCAGUAAAGUGCCUAACGGUGGUACAGGUAAAUGCCCCAGCGAAAUAUCCAAUGGUAGUAGGGGUAAACGACAGAGGGAAGACUUCUAUUUCCCUUUUACGUCUGAUGAUGAAGACGUCCCUUGUAAAUGUAGAAAAUAUGAUUCAAAUGCAUUGUCAGUGGUGAAAAGAAUAGGAAGUAAAAGAAAAGGCAUUUACAGAAGGUCUGCAUAUAGCUGCAAAGAGUUGGUGCAGUGGGAAAAGAUUGGCGAUGAUUUUAUCAUAGAAUUAAUCAAGAGAUUACUGCCGUCUGAAAGUCAGGUUCUAAAAUCUGAGGAGUACUGUUUGUUUCUCUAUCAUACCGUUACAACAAUAAUAAAAAAAACUGGGGUUUCAGAAAAGGUAGUGCUUUCUGUAUUAUUGGAAGACUUCACUGAACUGCAUGAAUACAAAACAAAGCGCGGACAUAUUACGUACAUAAUAGAUACAAGUGCCUGUGUUUUGACACUGGAUUGCGAGGAAUGUGAGGUUCUGAAACUGUAUGCCGAUUAUGCUCGUCCAAGAGUAAUUAGGAGAUUAGUAGAGGAAAACAGCGAGUACGUCAAAAGCAAAUACCUGUUUAUCGACUAUGACGGUAAUCCAGUUGCAGAAAAGUCCUUCAGAAAUAACCAGAAUAAAGAGGCUAGGACAGAAGCCAUUAUGAAGAGUAUACCCAUAUAUGACGGUAUAGGCAAUAUACCGGCUGCUCAUUGUAGUCAGGAUGAGCACUCAGACCAAAGUUUGCGCACAACAGAAAGUGUCGAUUCCCUAGAUUCUGAUUCAAGGGAAGCGUGGAUUUUAUCUCAAACUGCUGAAACAAUUGACAGAACAGCAGUCUUGCCUAGUGGAAACAGUACAACCUUGAAAGAUUUUGAGUACAAAGCUGGUCAAAAGUUUCUUGAAAAUAUCACACCUAGUAAUUCAAAAGAUACGCUUAAAGUUUCUAACCCAGGUGAAUCACAGACGUCAUGUGAUGAUGAAUAUGUACAAGCAAUUGCCUUUCCCAAUGACAGAGCAGAAACAAAUGUGGACAUUGUAUAUGCUAAAGGUGAAAUGAAGCAAGAUGUCUAUUCACUUCCAUUUACCGAAGAAAACGUUAAAUAUAAAACACCUGCUUUUGGUGGCCAGGCUGAUGAUCUGUCUGAUAUGGAUGUGAAAGAUGGAGACGUACAGUCUUUUAUUGACAAUAUAUCCGAACUACUGUCAAAUGAUAAAAUGUCUUAAAACAAG